CGGCCAAGACUUUAGCUAAUAGGAUACUUGUCUUCUUUUCUCUCCCUCUCUUUUUAUAAAUACAUGCUACAAGAUUUCUCACUUCACACCAACAUACAACAGAAGUGUCAGUUUAUCAUUACUGAACUCUUUCCUCUGUUGCUGGUUCUGCUACCGACUCCUUUUUAUUCUGUCUUUUCCACGCAAUCUCUCUACUUUCAAACCCUUUCGCUCGCAGCAUUUCUCCUGUUUUCGAACUCUGAAAGCACUUAACCAAAAUCUGUUUCAGCUUCCUCUGUUUUGGGUUCUGUUUUUCGACGAUGGCCAUCAAGACAAUUGAACUUUUGAAAGGAUGCGGAUCGCAGGAAGAGAUAAUGGAAGUGCUUGCUGCGGUGGCGUCGGAUAUGGGUGAUGUGAUCGAUGAUGUGAGCAGCUUGCAGGUGAUUCCACUGAAGGGUGCAAUGACCAAUGAGGUUUUCCAGGUAAAAUGGCCUUCUAAAAAUGGUGGUGAAGUCAGAAAGGUUCUGGUUCGUUUAUAUGGGGAAGGUGUUGAAGUUUUCUUCGACAGGGAAGAAGAAGUGAAAACCUUUGAGUGCAUUUCAAAGCAUGGUCAAGGACCUCGCCUUCUUGGUCGUUUCACUUCUGGUAGAGUUGAGGAGUUUAUUCAUGCCAGAACUCUCUCAGCUGCUGACCUGCGUGACCCUGAAGUAUCUGCUUUGGUAGCAUCUAAGAUGAGAGAGUUCCAUAAUCUUCACAUGCCUGGUGCUAAGAAGGCUCAAAUUUGGCACAGAUUGAGGAAUUGGCUUGGCCAAGCCAAGAGUCUGUGCUCUCCAAAGGAUGCAAAAAAUUUUGGCUUGGACAAUCUGGACGAGGAAAUAAACAUACUGGAGAAGAAGUUAUCUGAAGGAUAUCAAGAGAUUGGCUUCUGUCACAAUGAUCUACAGUAUGGUAACAUAAUGAUGGAGGAGGAGACAAGAUUAAUCACUAUAAUUGACUAUGAAUAUGCAAGUUAUAAUCCUAUUGCUUAUGACAUAGCAAAUCAUUUCUGCGAAAUGGUAGCUGAUUACCACAGUGACACACCUCAUGUUCUUGACUUCAAGAAAUAUCCAGGACUAGAGGAACGUCAAAGAUUUAUCCGCAUCUAUCUGAGUUUUGAAGGCAAUAGACCAAGCAAUGCUAAAGUGAACCAGUUAGUGAAAGCAACUGAAAACUACACUGCAGCAAACCAUAUAUUUUGGGGUUUGUGGGGACUCAUUUCGAUGUUAUGCAUGCACAUGCAGAGUUAUGUGAAUAAAAUAGACUUUGACUAUAAGGAGUAUGCAAGGCAGAGGUUUCAGCAAUACUGGUUAAGGAAGGCUAAUUUAUUGGACUCGCCAAGCAUCGUUUCCCAAGACCAAACUCUGAAUGAAUCUCUACCAUCUUUCACGUGAUUUUGCUUCAGUUUCUUACUGAAGUUUAGUCUUAGUAUUAUACUAUAUAGUAUAGUAUACAUAUGAAUAACACCUAAGAUAUAUGACAUACACCAUCUAUAUGUAAAUUUAUUUAAUCAGCAUUAAUGUGUAAUUUUUAUGAAUCCGUCACUUUUGGAGUGAGUUGAGAGAUAUGCAGUCUAUGUAUUGUUUGCAAUAAUGAUGGCAUAUGCAUAUAUACAGAACAGAUGGAUUU